CUUUGUGACGUAUCUUCAGAUGGCGCAAGGCAAAUCGCAUUAUACUUGUGCUCGCCACCAAGGAGAGAAUUCUCAGAACCUGGCGAGACCCACCAUGAUUACCCGACUUGGAGCGUAGGUAGGCUAUUGACAUUGCUUUACAUAGAUAAUCGUGUUCAUCGAUAACCUGCAGUAGCCUAAGAGCUACGGAAAACGUUUUUAUUAACGAAUCCUCAUCGCAAUUUGCUGCUGGAUUACUUAUUGAACCGCCUGGAAAAUUGAAACAGCAUCAAGGAAGGGUGUUUUGAAGCCACAAAGUUUUGAAAAUAAUUGACACCGUGCAAGGAUUUCUUUCCAGCGAAGAGGAAUACAGACACUGGACCUCCCGCUAGACUCCUAAAUGGGCGUAACAGCUGCGAACCCACGAGGCUACCCUCUUAUGAAUCGUCUCGCUUUUUCAACCGUCUCUGGUUUAUGGUCGUGUGUGAUGCAGUACUCUCUGUUCCUCACAGUCACCUUCCUGGGCCUCAGCCAGGCAGCUCAGGAGCCACACUACAGAAAGGAUGCUGUUUCGACACCCAGCAAACCUCAGAUAUACUACUGCCGGUCAUCUAACAUGGAGACCUUCACAUGUUGGUGGCAUCCACUCGAAAAUACCUCCAAUAGCAAUGAGAAGUUCAACUACACAUUUAUGUAUACUACAGAGAGUAACCAUAAACCACAGGAGUGUCCAGAUUAUGUAACCGGUGGACCCAAUAGCUGCUACUUCGACAAGGCACACACACGCGUCUGGGAGAUGUAUUGUAUGAAUGUGUCUGCAAUGACCAGCAGAGGGACGUUCACCUCAAACAAACACUGCUUGGAUGUGGCUGACAUUGUGGAAAUAGACCCACCUUUCAACUUGACGUAUUCUUUGAUGAACGAAAGUGCGGGAGAAGCGGGCCGGACCGCCUGUGUGUCCUGGUCCUACCCGAUCCCGUCACAUGUGCACAUCGGCUGGAUAACGCUGGUCUACGAGCUGCGGUUCAGACCAACGGCAGACCCAGACAACUGGAAGGUCAAAGGUUUGCUGCGUGAGCCGCAACUAGAACUGCUGGAUCUCCCAGCAGGCAGCUAUGAGGUGAUGGUCCGCUGCCGAUCCAAAAACAACAAGAUCUGGAGUCAAUGGAGUUCCCCACUUAUCAUCACUGUCCCAUCCAGGCAUGCAGGAGAUCGCCUGCUUGCACUGAUUUUAAUCACUGGAGGAGGGGUCAUAACGUUCCUCAUCAUUGGCUUUGGAGUCAUGCCACAGAGCAAAAGGAUUAAAGCCCUUCUCCUUCCACCUAUUCCAAAACCACGCAUAAGAGGCCUGGACCCUGUACUUCUGAAGAAGGGGAAAAUGGAGGAGAUAAAUCGACACUUUACCUCAUUCCAUGGCUACAAAUCCCCGCAGUACCGCGAGGAGACCUGGUACCAGGUCUACACAGAUGACAACUCGCCUCAUGCCUGCAGCCUUCCAAGUCAGACCAGCGGCGACACAGUGGUCCCAAGUGCAGAGCAACCUGUAGAGCAGCCUGCCUUUCCCCAGAGCCAGCAGCAGCCAGGGCAGACGGUGCAGACCAGCGAGGCAUCACGCAACUGUCUUGGUUCCACCGCCGACUCUGAGACCCCUGAGCCCUACGUCACAGACACACACGCAACAGCGUUCCCUCCGCCAACCCCUGCUGCCUCAUGGGUCGCAGGUUUCGCCCCCUCUCAACCUCCGCAGUUCGGCCCCUCCAAUCCUCCGCAGUUCGGACCCUCUCAUCCUCCUCCACAGGUCACCUUUCCUCCUAAUAUGGGCUACAGCUUGAUCGUUAACUCUCCCCACGGUGCUAUGCCUCUCUCACAUUUACCAGCCCUGCACGACUUCUACACCUGUGUCAGUGUUGUUAGCUCCACUGGUGCAGUUCAGCUGGUGCCCUGUAUUCCGGGAAUGUCCCGAGAUCAGGCCAACAUGCAACAAGGGGAGCAGGACUCACAGAAGAACGGCAAACUGGUGGAAUACAUGGCUAAAAAGAAGGAGGAGCUUUCUAAUGGAAGGGCCUGUCUGAGCCAGGGAGAAGUUGGCGGAAUGCAAGGGUUAGGGUCAGAGCUGGCUACAACCCUAUUAUCCCAGCCAAAGUAAAAUGUUGGUAUGUUGGUUUAUUAUAAAUAUCAUAAAAGUUCAUACUUUAUAGAUAUAUUCACACAUACACACUAAAAAUAUAUGUGUAGUCACACCUACAUAAAAUGUACUUUUAUACAGUGAAUACACAGAACUUGUGUAGGCCUACAUGCAAUGUGUACAGUUCUCAGAUCCACAGACCUGACUCCCAUCUGGUACACCAGGUUUCAGUUAUGUCUUAAAGAAAUUAGCUAAGUAAGAGGUGUGAGGAGGACUAUGGCCUCAAUCCUCUGCGUUCUUCUAUUCACCCUUUUGAUCUGACGGUAAGACAGGGUCAUGAAAACUUGGACCAAAGUGAGUUCCCGAUUUCAUACUGCCACUACCACUUGACGCUCACAAGCUCAGACAUUUAAGUAAUUUAGUCUUGAAACACAAUUUGCAACCAAUUAGCCCUGGACAGAACAAUACUGAAAAGUAGGGGGUGUAGGGUGAAUAAGGAGCUGUUUUGAAAUCCGGCGUAUGUUAUGCCUGUGUUUUAAACAUUAAAGGAGAAAUCCAGCCGAAAAACAACCAAAAUCAGUGCUACCGAAUUUGAGUAGCUGCAGCUAAUGGCCAGUACUCCCAUUGAGCUACAAUGCUAGGUCUGGGGGCAUCAUCUAAAUGUGCUUUUUUGCCUCUUAACAGAUUCAAAAUGUCAUUAAAAAAAAUGUUCUGUGCAACAUAAACAGGACUCUUACGUGACAAAACGAUGCGUUUUCAACUUAUUAUUGUGAAGAAACCUCAGCAUACCUCAGUUUUCACCAGUCGCUUCCAGGAAAGCCCAAAAGAGUCUGUUUUAGAGCUCAUGCCGGCUUCGCAACGUAAUUAAACGAAUUAAUAUGGUCAUAUUAAUGACUAUGUAACUACAUAGAAAUGGUCCAAAUGAUACCUGAGCUUGCACAUUACUGAAAGCUAACUCUAUUCUCGAGCUGAAGUAUCGUUGGAAUUCAGUUGUUGCAGGAAAAGGUAAGCAGAGUAGUGUGCAGAUGUGACAGUACAAACUUUGAAUUUGAACAGUUUCUUCACAAUUAAUGAGAAGAAAACACAUUGUUUUGUCACGUAAGGACCCUGACAUUUUGAGUCUGAUAAGAGGCAAAAAGGCACGUUUAGAUGUUGGCCCCAGACCUAGCAUUGGCAUUAGCUGCAGCUAUUCCAGUUACACCCGAUUUUGGUCGUUUUUUUCCUAUCGACAGUUCUCUGCGAUGUCUAGCGAUCAAGAUCUGUGUAAAAAUCGGCCGGAUUUCUCCUUUAAGAGAAAGAUUGGGUCCCUUUUUUUUAUCAGACAUUAAGAGAGUGUUUUUUUGUUGAAACAUGUAACUAGUGUUGGUCAAGUUACUUUUAAAAAGGAAUUAGUUACAGUUACUAGUUACUUCUUCCAAAAAGUAACUAAGUUAGUUACUCAAUUACAUAUAAAAGUAACUAGUUACUUCAGAAAGUAACUAUUGCGUUACUUUCAAGUAAAUUUUUAAAUGCUCAAAUGUGACUCCACCUUCACCCCUUUUUAACAGAACUUAAUACAUGUAUAAGUAAGUAUAUAUAUAUAAGUAUAUAUACUCUUUUGAUCCCUUGAGGGAAAUUUGGUCUCUGCAUUUAUCCCAAUCCGUGAAUUAGUGAAACACACUCAGCACACA